AGGAUUCGCUUGUUUCUUCUACUUCAACACAGAGACGAAUACAGUCAUUAGCAUCGAUACCACCCAAUUCUGGUUUUUUUUUUCUCUAUCUCUUGCCGUGUCGAGCGAUUUCAAAUCUCCUCGGUCUCCUGAAAUGGCGUCCCCGGCGCAGCAGAACCAGCGGCCGAAGGUCCAGCCGUGCCGGUACAAGACAGGGAAGACGCUGGGAGCGGGCUCCUACUCGGUGGUUAAGGAAUGCGUGCACAUUGAUACGGGCAGAUACUAUGCAGCCAAGGUCAUAAAUAAGCGGCUGAUGGCGGGACGCGAACACAUGGUGCGAAAUGAGAUUGCAGUCCUGAAGAGGGUCUCUAUGGGCCACCAAAAUAUCUUGACUCUAGUCGAUUACUUUGAGACGAUGAACAACUUGUACCUUGUCACCGACCUUGCUUUGGGCGGCGAACUCUUCGAUAGAAUCUGCCGCAAGGGUAGCUACUACGAGUCCGAUGCGGCCGACCUCAUCCGCGCAGUGCUGUCUGCCGUUGCCUAUUUACAUGACCAUGGCAUCGUGCACCGUGACCUUAAGCCGGAGAACCUUCUCUUCAGAACACCCGAGGAUAACGCAGACUUGUUAAUAGCUGAUUUUGGGCUGUCAAGAAUUAUGGAUGAAGAACAAUUCCAUGUGCUGACGACAACAUGUGGCACACCGGGAUACAUGGCACCGGAGAUCUUCAAGAAGAGUGGCCAUGGGAAGCCAGUUGAUAUCUGGGCCAUUGGAGUAAUCACGUACUUUUUGCUGUGCGGCUACACACCCUUUGACCGCGACUCCAACCUGGAAGAGAUGCAGGCAAUCCUUGCUGCCGACUAUUCGUUCACCCCGCUAGAGUACUGGCGCGGUGUGUCGCACACUGCCCGGGACUUCAUCAACCGCUGUUUGACCAUUGACCCCAAGGCACGACUGACGGCCCACGAGGCUCUCCAGCACGCCUGGGUCAAUCCUCCUUACGAUCCCGCGUACCCGACCGGCAAGCUUGGCUCUGGCGAAGAUCUACUGCCAACCGUCAGGAAGAACUUCAAUGCCCGCCGAACCCUUCACCGCGCCAUUGACACCGUUCGUGCAAUCAACAAGCUCCGCGAAGUUGGUGGUCUGAUGAUGGACGGGGCGAUGAGCAUCGACCCAAAACCAGAACGCGUCGAGGGUAACAAGAUCUUUGAGGAAAAGCCCAUGCCGACUGACGGCCACAUGGAGAUUGACAGUCGCAGUAAUGCGCGCGGACAGACCGAGGAGCAGAUCCGACAGCAGGAGCGCAAAGUCAAGGAGAUGGUGGCUGGCCUAUGGAGCCGCUCUGCCAACCAGAAAUAGUAAAGAACAACUUCGGAUAUCUCCUUGAAUCAUGUUUUGAAAUUUUUCCUGCAAAUACCUUUUUUUUUUCACUCUUCUCUCCUGACGAGGACUGGCCCACUACAUAUUGCAGCUUGAUCUUUGUCUCUCUGUUCAUAUCUACAUCAUCCAAGUCCGCGCAGCCUUGCUUUCUGUUUUCAUUUUUUUCAUUCUUACCUCCCUCGUAUAUUCCAUUUCAUGCUGUUAAUAUCAUAUCUUUG